AUGGACACCAGCGAACCUCCUGUCUACCGUCCAACGGAUGUCAAAAAAUUGGUUGAUCCAUUAGUGGAUCUCGGUAAUUUGUUGCUGACAGACCACGAUCCUCCACCAGAUGAUUCACGUGAUAGAAUUCCCAGCGAAGAGGAAUUGCUCACAACAGCACGUGAUAACACUCAAUACUUGUUCAAUAAAAUUUGGGAAUUGGAACGUGAGAAAGUCGAUGAAGCUAUAUGCGCUAAGCUUCCACGUCCUAUACUCAAGCUUCCUCGUGAGAAAGUACUACCGGAAAAGAGAGAACUGACAAAAUGGGAACAGUACGCCCAAACGAAAGGAAUCGUUAAGAAGAAGAAGGAUACGAAAGUUUACGAUGAAUCCGCAAAGGUUUCAUUUCUGUCUCAUCGAAAUAUAAUCACUUUUCAUGCAUUCCAAUUAACAAUAAAUCAUGCAGUGGUAAAACGAAGUUUUCAUCUAAAAGUGAAUCUAAUGUUUUGA